AUGCCGAGUGGAGCACCGGGAUUUUCCAAGAACAGUGGGCGGGCGGCAGUGGUGGUGGCGGUGCCAACCCUGAAGCACUGGCGCACUACGCUGGAGCAGGCAGAGAAAUUCGUGUCACCACUCUACCCACGACUAUAACCUCUGCUCUUCGGGGACAGCUGCCCGGUGGCCGCGCUCUCCAGUUGCCUGACACCUGAGAGGCUUCCCUACCAGGAGGCAAUCCAGCAGGACUUCUGCCCUGCGCAGGUCGGUGACAGCUUUGGACCCACAUGGUGGACCUGCUGGUUCUGGGUGGAGCUGACCAUCCUGGAGGCAUGGGUGGGUCAGGAAGUUCACCUUCUCUGGGAAAGCGAUGGAGAGGGCCUGGUGUGGCAUGAUGGGGAACUAGUUCAGGGUUUGACCAAAGAAGGGGAGAAGAGCAGUUACAUCCUGAUUGAGAGGCUGGGAGGAGACCCUCGGAGCCUGACCCUCUAUGUGGAAGUCGCCUUGGGACCCAGGAAGGGCACCAUGAUUGCAGACCCAGAGAAGAUGUUCCAGGUGAGCCGGGCUGAGCUGGACUUGUUCCUCCGGGAUAUCCACAAGCUCCUGGUAGAUCUGGAACUGCUGCUGGGCAUGACCAAGGGCCUCGGGGAAGACAACCAGCGCAGCUUCCAGGCCCUGUACACAGCCAACCAGAUUGUGAAUGUUUGUGAUCCUGCCCAGCCCGAAACCUUCCCGAUGGCCCAGUAUCUGGCCUCCAGGUCCUUUGGCCAAUGUGGAGGUAAAAGCCAGCAUACCAUCCAUGCCAUGGGGCACUGCCACAUUGAUACAGCCUGGCUUUGGCCCUUCAAAGAGACUCUGCGGAAAUGUGCCUGGAGCUGGGUAACAGCCGUGCAGCUUAUGGAGCGGAACCCUGAGUUCAUCUUUGCCUGCUCCCAGGCGCAGCAGCUUGAGUAGGUAAAGAACCACUACCCUGGCCUGUAUGCCUGGCUCCAGGAGUUUGCCUGCCAUGGGCAGUUUGUGCCCUUGGGAGGCACCUGGGUGGAGAUGGAUGGGAACCUUCCCAGUGGAGAGGCGUUGGUGAGGCAGUUCCUGCAGGGCCAGAACUUCUUCCUGCAGGAGUUUGGGAAGAUGUGCUUGGAGUUCUGGCUGCCAAACACAUUUGGCUACUCAGCACAGCUUCCCCAGAUCAUGCGCAGAUGUGGCAUCAGAUACUUCCUGGGCCAAAAACUGAGCUGGAACUUGGUGAACUCCUUUCCACACCAUACCUUUUUCUGGGAAGGGCUGGAUGGCUCCCGUGUGCUGGCCCACUUCCCACCGUAUGGAAUAGAGGGCAGUGUGGAGGAGGUACUAAAGACAGUGGCCAAAAACCGGGACAAAGGACGGACCAACCAUAGUGCCUUCCUCUUUGGCUUUGGGGAUGGAGGUAGUGGCCCUCAGAUCAUGGUAGACUGCUUGAAGCGGCCGUACAAUCCAGAUGGCUGCCCAGGUCAAGCCUGGCCCACUAAUAGCCCUCACUGAGCUGCUAGCUUAGCCCUUGCUUUGAGCCCUUCUUUCUGCUCAUGGGUCGGAGAGCUCUUCUUGGAGCUGCAUAAUGGCACCUACACUACACACCCCGCCCAGAUCAAGAAAGGGAAUCGGAAGUGUGAGCGCAUCCUGCGUGACGUGGAGCUGCUCAGCAGUCUGGCCCUAGUCUGUAGUGCCCAAUUUCUACACCCAGCCCAGCUGCAGGACCUCUGGAGACUCCUGCUCCUGAACGAGUUCCAUGAUGUGGUGACUGGAAGCUGCAUUCAGCUGGUGGCAGAAGAAACCCUGUGCCACUACAAAGACAUUCAUUUCCAUGGCAACACACUGCUCAGUGCUGCGGCUGCAGCCCUGUGAGCUGGGGAGCCAGGUGCCCAGGACCUCCUCAUUGUAAAUACCCUGCCUUGGAAGCCCACUGGAGUGCUGGCCCUGCCCAGGCCUGGCAGGACCCACAGCCUGGACAGGAUCCUGGUGACAGUGCCCAGCAUGGGUUAUACUGCUCCUGCCCCUACCUCACUGCAGCCCCUGCUCCCUUCUGCCAAGACUGAUGGUUCUGUGACUCUGGACAACGGGAGGCUGGACCCGAUCGGCCGCCUGACAUCCCUGGUGCUGGUAGUCUCCGGCAGGGAGGCUGUUGACAAAGGCACUGUGGGAAACCAGUUUGUGCUGUUUGAUGAUGUCCCCCUGUACUGGGAUGCGUGGGACGUCAUGCAGUACCACCCGGACACCUCCCGCGCAUCCCCCCGGAAGCCAGUGCUGUGCCAGGCAGGGACCCUAGCAGUGGGUGCUGAGGGCGUGCGGGCCAGCACCUGGUUCCUACUGCAGAUCAGCCCCCACAGUCAGCUCAGCCAGGAGGUUGUACUGGACGUCGGUUCCUAUGUCCACUUCCACACCGAAAUAGUGCACUGGCAUGAAACCCACAAAUUUCUGAAGGUGGAGUUCCCUGCCUGUGUGCAGAACCCCCAGGCCACCUAUGAGGUUUAGUUUGGGCAUCUGCAGCGUCCCACCCACCAUACCACCUCUUGGGACUGGGCUUGGUUUGGGGUGUGGGCCCACAGCUGGAUGGACCUGUUGGAGCACAGCUUUGGGCGCCUACUCAAUGACUGCAAGUACAGAGCAUCAGUUCGGGGCAGCAUCCUCAGCCUCUCGCUCUUGCGGGCACCUAAGGCCCCUGAUGCCACAGCUGACAUGGGGCGCCACGAGUUCACAUAUGCGCUGAUGCCGCACAAGGGCUCCUUCCAAGAUGCUGGCGUUACCCAAGCAGCCUACAGCCUCAAUUUCCUGUUGUUGACGCUGCCGGCCAGGCAGGCUGGGGUGCCCACAGCCGCCUGGAGUGCCUUCACUGUGUCUUUCCAGGUGGUGCUGGAGACCGUCCAGCAGGCAAGGGCCCCCAAGGGCCACACACUGGUGCUCAGGCUGUAUGAGGCCCAUGGCAGCCACGUGGACUGCUGGCUGCAAAUGUUGCUGCCAGUUCAGGAGGCCCUCCUGUGUGUUCUGCAGCUGCGACCUCUUGGAGCUGGCCACCUGCCCCUUAGGGACACUGGCCUGAAACUCACCUUUUCUCCCUUCCAAGUACAGUCUCUAUGGCUCAAGCUGCAACCUCCACUGAACUGAGUCUCUUGAGGGCGGGAUUUUUUGUGGAAGGCUUUGGGGACUGACUGCCUUUCUAGCCCUAAGCAACAAUAAAUCUUUGGCUCAGGAGCCCUGCUGGUAACUCCUGCUCUCUCCCCUUAAGGCAAGUCCUCAAGGCUGUGAGAAGAGAAGUCUUUCCUGGGCAUUUGGGGGCAGGGGCAAAAUCGAAGGUGAUCUGUGUGUGCAGCAGGGUCUGGGUUGCAGCCCCCACAAGUGGGGAUAUGGAUGACCACAAGAUAAGAGCAUGAGAUAAGAAGUCCCUCCCGUGUGUCAGCAGGCAGAGGGCCCGGGUCUGGGUGGGUUGCAGCUGGCCCCCACUAGGAGGGGAGUACUCACUAGUCUGGCCAGGCUGGGGAGCAACCCCAGGCCCUGAGGAAUCCUGGACUGGA